UGAAGACCCCUUUCCUCCUCGUUUUGGAAUCCAGUAACCUUUUGCUGUCCGUCCUUACCUUGCGUUUGUGCUCCGUGUGCUUCUUCGCCUUGAGCAGGCUCGACUAUGGGUUGUGAUGAAGACGAUGGGGCCCAUGAAUCAAUAAACAGCAGUCCCUCUCGGACUGUGCAGUCUCGAUCAGAAAAUCAAACAACACCUCUUCCUACCGAGCAAAUCAAUUACUCUGACCGCACCCUGACCGAUGACGCACCUCCGCCGAGCGAGCCUCCGGAUGAUGAGGUGCAAGUGGACAGAAGAGAUCCGAAGAAAAUAAUAUCGUUCAGCUCGAAUGAUCCAGAAAGUCCCUACAAUUGGCCCAGAAGGAAAAAGCUGCUUGUCUUCUUAACGGGAAUCAUCUCUGUCGUUAACAGCACGUUGAGCUCUUCUCUACCGAGCAACGCGAUUGACUUCAUUGCUAAAGACUUCAAUGUGACGGGCGAACUGCAACUGCCCCUGCCUAUCUCUUGUUUCCUCGCAGGUUACGUCGUUGGGCCUACCGUCUGCGGUCCGCUUUCUGAAAACAAUGGCAGAAAGCCAGUCAUUCUUUGGUUUUUUCUGUUCGCUACCGUCUUCAGUAUGGCAUGUGCCGUGGCCCCGAAUUGGCCGGCCUUGUUGAUCUUUCGGUUUCUGUGUGGAGUAGGUUCAUCUGGACCGAUUGCUAUCGUGGGAGGGCUGUAUGCGGAUAUAUAUAAUGAUCCAAGGGAACGGGGGCAAGCAAUGGCCUGGUUCAUGGUUGCUACGACUUUUGGGCCGGUUCUUGCCCCGGCUAUCUCAGGUUUCAUCGCAGAGAAUACUACAUGGCGGUGGGUGUUCGCGGUUGGAACACUAUUCGCUGUUGCAACGAUUCCUCUGAUCUGCAUCAUGCCAGAGAGCUACACGCCAGUCCUACUAAGUCGAAAAGCGAAAAGACUUCGAAAAGAGACGGGCGACCCAGAAAUCAUCGCACGAACUGACCUACAGAAGAAGACCCUUCGACAUGUUCUUACGGUGGUCAUGACUCGUCCAUAUCGAAUGCUGUUCCAGGAAGUUAUUGUGAUGUGCACCUGCGCAUAUCUUGCCCUGGCCUACGGCAUCUUUUAUAUCUAUUUCCAAGCCUACCCGAUCAUCUUCCAAGGCCCUGAUUCAGUCUACAAAUGGUCAUACGGCCUUGCGGGACUCGCCUUCCUGCCCAUUGGUAUCGGCAGUGUUUUUGCGGCUCCAAUAUUUCUCUGGUGGGACUCGUAUCUGGCCAAAGCACAGAAACAGAAAGCAAAAUGGGCCGAGAAAGAGGAAUACCGACGGCUACCCCUGGCCUGCCUUGGUGGUCCGCUAUAUGUGGUAUCGAUGUUCUGGAUAGGCUGGAGCGCGAAGCCUGAGACAUUUUGGCUAGCUCCUGUUGCGUCAGGCAUCACCUUUGGCAUAGCUUUCAUGUUGAUUUUCAUGGCUUUGUUGAAUUAUCUGACCGAUGCAUAUGAGACCUUUGCCGCCAGUGCUCAAGGGAUUGCAAGUACUUGCCGCAGCGCCUUCGGUGUCUUGCUUCCUCUCGCAUCACAUCGCAUGUUCUUGACCUUGGGCAUUGCUUGGGCUUGCAGUGUCUUGGGAUUUUUGAGUAUGGCAAUGUGUGUGAUACCGUUCGCUUUCAUCUGGUACGGAGACAAGAUUCGAGAUAACAGCAAGUUUUGCAAAGAGUUGAAAGAGAUGAAAGCUCGAGAGGGCGAGGAACAAGAGAAGGAGGAGCGCGCGCAGGAGGAUAUGGAGCAUUCUCCAGGCGAGAAUAAUCCAGAAACGAUCUACGACAAGGUAUGAUGAUAUUGACGGGGAGUUCCCAGCUUCCGGGUGAAUUCCAUAAGCGACAUAUAGACGACUGCUUGGUUAAUCAUAGCGCGGAGUUGUCGGGGCUGAGAUAACCGAUAUACA